AUGACUAAUGUGGUGCGGUAUUGUAUGUAUAAACAGUUCUACGACAAUGGUUUUGUGAGUAACGUGCUCCCGAUAUGACGAGAUAAGUCAAGGCUUAAGGAAACCAGUUGCCAUUGCACUGAAAGAACUUUUUGAGAUAUAUGUGUGUGUGUGUGUGUGUGUGUGUGUGUGUCCUUGUCUAUCUUCUAAUUUUAAUAUCGAUUGAUUACGCUUAGAUGAUCUUGUUAUAGAAAUUUUUUUUAUGAAUUUUUCAGAGAGACAAUGUCCCCGUCGGUCGAACCGUUGCCAAUUCAGAAAUUGGACACACUUCUAGCACAAGCUCUUGGCAAUGAUUUUCGAAUAAGGCAGCUCGAAUGGAAACCUCUAACCGCGCCGGGCGAAAAUUUCGGCAGCGUCAUGUUGGCCAUCACCGUCACUCUGACACGGCCGAGCAACAAAACCGAGACUCUGAACCUGGUGGCGAAACUUCCACCUACCUCCGCCUAUUUAUUGGACUUGUUCAACAGUCCAGUGACGUUCAAGAAGGAGCUACGCUUCUACGACAUGAUGGCCGAGGAGUUCAUUAAUCUUCAGGCAGAAAAUGGCCUGAACGAGAAGGAUCUAAGCAGCCUCGUGCCAAAGUUCAUCGUGGGACGAAUAGGCUUGAAAGAUCCAAGAGAAUUCGACGAACAGGCAGUCAUCAUUCUGGAGAACCUGAAAUUCAGUGGCUAUAACACGGGCGAUCGAAUUCUUGGGUUGGACAGGAAGCACACGGAAUUUGCAGUCGAAAACCUGGCCAAGCUACACGCUCUGACCAUUGCUUUGAGAAUGAAGAAACCGCAGUUGUACGAAAGAAUAGCGGCGGAGGUGAUGGUGGGGGUUUUAAACGAGACGACAGAAAAAUGUGUGAACGACAUGGUGAAGAAAACUCAAUCGGAUUGUCAGGGUAUAGAGGAGAUAAAACCGUAUUUGGAUCAAAUUAACAGGACCAUAGAGCGCGAUAACCAAGCAAAGAAGAAUCCUGCGAAACCGGAGGAACCAUGGCCGACAUUGAUUCACAACGACUUCUGGGUGAAUAACAUGAUGUUUCGGCACAAUGAGAAAGGAGAACCAGUCGAUAUGAAGAUGGUAGACUUUCAAUUGUGUUUAUGUGAUUACGGCGUGAAAGAUCUCAUCUUCUUUCUCAUAUCGAGCGCAAAUAAAGAGAUUUUGGACAACAAUUUAGACGAUAUGUUCGAGUUGUAUUAUUCAUGUUUCAUUAGAAUGCUAAAGACGUUGAAAGUGGACACGGAAAGAUUUUCAAAGCAGAAGUUCGACGAAAUUCUGAAUCGCUGUGGGCCUGAAAAAUUCACUCAUUGCGCCAUGAUGACCCAAGUAAUUCAAGCGCCAAAAAGGAAUUCCUCAGAGUCGAAAAAUGUGGAAGGCAGCGACGUUUUCAUGGAUGUAUCUAACAAUGAAAUAUAUAGACAAAAAUUAAUCCACACUGUGACUCUAUUUGAUAAAAGAGGUUGGCUACUGAAAUAAUAUUAUCGCUGUAGUAUCUUAUCUUAUUAAACAAUUCAAUAGUAUUUUCAUAGCUAAAUAGAAAAUACAAAGUACAAAAUUUUUUGUAGAAUAAAUGUUAAUAUAUGAUACAAUGGUAGAAUUUGUGUAAGAUACUUUUAUACAAAAAAAGUGUACAUAAAUUGUUACGUUGAAAAAGUUAGAGAUUUGUAGAGUAUGAGAAUAUAAUAAUGUCAAAGAAACACCAAAUAUGUUCUUAUGAGAAUCUUAUAUCGUUAAGCUUUAAGAAACAAGUACACAGUUGUUUGUAAAUGUCAAAUUCGAAUAUAGCAUGGGUGUUCAUUCUAUAAUUUUAAACACCUGCCUCACGUUGCUUUGCACAUAUACUUGUUUUUCGAAAUAAAGAGUCUAUUUUAUUAUAUAAACACAAUGUAUA